CUUAACCAGGAAGAAGCGGAAGUGACGCCGCAGCGAGGCGGACGGGCACGUUACCGGCGUGAGCGCUUUACCGGGGGCGCAGCCAUGACCCGCUCCCGGCGACAAGUGGAGGCCGCCCGGAGGAAGCGGGUCCAGGGAAAACGGGUGAAGGCGGCGGGGAAGAAGGACCCGGGGGUACCACAGCUGGGCCGCUUCGCCGCGCACGUCCAACAGCAGAACGAAAACAAGCAGAAAAGGGCGGCGGAGGCGCGACGGCGGCGGGACGAAGCCCGGGAGACGGAGGUGAGCCGGCGGCGGAGCCUGGCCGGGCUGCGGCACGACGCCCUGCGGAGGCAGCGGGAGUUCGAGCGCAAGGAGGAGGCGGCGGCGCGGCCCGAGGAGCAAGAGGAGGCUUCGCUGCGGCAGUACGGGCGGGAGCUGCGCAAGGUGCUGGAAGCGUCCGACGUGGUUUUGGAGGUGUUGGAUGCCCGCGACCCCCAGGGGUGCCGCAGCCCGCAGCUGGAGGCCGCCGUCCGGCGGGCCAGGCACCGCCAGCGCCUGGUCCUCGUCCUCAAUAAGAUCGACCUGGUGCCUCGGGACGUGGUGGCGGCGUGGCUGAAGCACCUGCGAGCCGAGUUCCCCACGGUGGCGUUCAAGGCGUGCACGCAGCAGCAGAGCCGCAACCUGAAGCAGAGCCGGCUGCCGGCGGCGACGGCCCCGGAGGAGGUGCUCGCCGGCGGGGCUUGCGUAGGCGCUGACUGUUUGCUCCGCGUCCUGGCGAACUACAGUCGUUCCGGGGAGGUGAAAACGACCAUCACUGUGGGUGUUGUGGGGUACCCCAACGUGGGCAAGAGCAGCCUCAUCAACAGCCUGAAACGGAGCCGGGCCUGUGGGGUGGGGGCGGUGCCCGGCGUCACCAGGUGCUUGCAGACUGUGCAGCUGGACCGGCACAUCCAGCUGUUGGACUGUCCCGGCGUCGUCAUGGAGACGGGGGCCCCCCCCGCCGCCGCCCCCCUGAGGGGAGCCCUGGCCCCCCAGCGCCUGCGGGACCCCCUGAGCCCCGCCGCCGCCAUCCUGCGCCGCUGCCCCCCCGAACAGCUGAGCGAGCUUUAUGGGGUGCCCCCCUGCAGCGACCCCCAGCAGUUCCUGUCCCACCUGGCCCGGCGACAGGGUCGGCUCCGUCCCGGGGGGCUGCCGGACCCCCGCGCCGCCGCCGUGGCCCUGCUCUGCGACUGGACCAGCGGGAAGAUCUCCUACUACACCCACCCCCCCAAAACGCAGGGGGUGCAGCUGGAGGCCCAGAUCCUGACGGCGCUGGGGCCGGCGCUCGACCUGGAGGCGCUGGAGAGGGGUGAUGCCGAGGCACUGGCCGCUGUCCCAGCGACGGUGACAGGCAUCGGGUUGUCCCCGUGUGUCCCCGAGGCAGAGGAAGAGGAGGAGAAAUCAGGCGAGGAGGAAGAAACAGCCAUGGAGGAUGACACCAGUGACCUGGAGGUCGGCGCGGUGACAGUCGAGCUGAAGCCCCGGGUGAAGACGGGGGGUGUCGGGGAGGGGUCGCGCCCCGUGCCCCCCGUUUGGAGGAGGUGGCCACCCUCCAUCCCCUGCUACAGGGCCAGGGGCUACGGGCUGCCAGCAAACGGAGGAAAAAGCUGCAAAAAAGAGCGGAGAAAAUCGCCACAAAGCUUUCGGAGACACUGGAGGCGGCCAUGCAGCUCUGAGAACGAGGUGUUUGCAACAGAGGUUUAUUUUGUUUAUUAAGUGAAAAAAUGGUUUUAAAAAAAGCUGCUUUUGUAAAUAAAAUCAUGGGCAGAA